UUGUGUGUGUUCUGUAGGAGAUGGAUCCGGGCGACGUGACUCUGGAGGGGCUGCUGGAGAUGAGUGAUGAGCAGGUGUGUAAGGCCAUGGAGAAGUUUGGAGCCAACGACGAGGAGUGUGCCCGGCUCAACGCCUCUCUGUCCUGCCUCAGGAAGGCCCACCAGUCCGAACAACUCGAGGAUGACUCAUUGCCCAAUAACGGAGCAGGCAGCCAUGCCAAGCAGGACUGGUCCAUCCAGUGGCCCACCUCUGAGUCUGGCAAGGAGAACACUCCCUUCCCCUCUCCAGAACCCAGCCAGUGGGUCCGCUUCCAGCUCUCCCAAAGCCCCAUGGUCCAGGCCAAGUACAACCAGCAGCACCACAGCCAGUGCCACAGCCCCCAGUCAUUGCUACCCUAUCCGUAUGGCCCCUAUGUCCAGCCAGACCGCCUCACCGUGGACAGCCACCUGGGACUGGGGGCCUUCACACCCAUGGACACGGGUCAUCGAUCCCUGCCCCCCUCGCCCCGUCAGAGGCACUUUGCCCACACCCCUCCCCGGACUCCACUGGUGGUGAACACCAUGACCCCCCCGGGCACGCCCCCCAUGAGGCGCAGAAACAAGGUGAAGGCCCCCGGGACGCCCCCACCGCCCAGCCGAAAGCUCAUCCACCUGCUGCCGGGCUUCACGGCGCUGCACCGUUCCAAGUCACACGACUUCCAGCAGGGCAACCGCAUAGGUCUGGAGGCAGCUGACAUGCAGACACUCAAGUGA